AUGGCUUCAGCUGGGCUGGAACUCUUGGGCCUGACUCUAGUGGUGUUGGGCUGGCUGGGGACCCUAGUAUCCUGUGCCCUGCCCCUGUGGAAGGUUACAGCCUUCAUUGGCAACAGCAUUGUGGUGGCCCAGGUGGUGUGGGAAGGCCUGUGGAUGUCCUGCGUGGUCCAGAGCACGGGGCAGAUGCAAUGCAAGGUGUAUGACUCCCUCCUGGCCCUGCCCCAGGACCUCCAGGCAGCUCGGGCCCUCUCUGUCAUUGCUCUGAUGCUUGCUUUGCUGGGUCUGCUGGUGGCUAUCACUGGAGCUCAGUGUACCACAUGUGUGGAAGAUGAGGUGGCCAAGGCAAGGAUUGUGCUGACCUCGGGGAUCAUCUUCCUCAUCUCGGGGAUCUUAGUCUUGAUCCCUGUGUGCUGGACAGCCCACGCCAUCAUCCAGGAUUUCUACAACCCCCUGGUGGCCGAAGCUCUGAAGAGGGAGCUGGGGGCUUCACUUUACCUGGGCUGGGCAGCUGCUGCCCUACUGAUGCUAGGGGGAGGACUGUUAUGCUGCACCUGUCCCCCACCUCAGCCUGACCGGCCUAGGGGACCCCAUCUGGGAUACUCUGCUGCCUCCCGAUCAGGGGCCUCCGGUUUGGAUAAGCGGGAUUAUGUGUGA